CUUCGAGCGGACUUCCUCGGGUUGUGCUCAGUACGGUAUUACUGGGCUGGUGUUAUUUAUGACUUUGAAUUUUCUUCUUCGUACUGUGUCAUGUCUCUACUUUGGGGCUGAAGUUGAAGCUUGGGGCUUGAAGCUGAAGCUGGAUGCUACUAUUGGGUGGAAGAAAUUUGAGUAGCUGGGAGGCUCGUUGGGAUUUCUGCACGCAGUUGGCACAUCGCAGUUCGUGCUGUUUUAUCGGUCGUUGUUCUACCACACGGUGGGAUGGAAGUGAAAGUUGUGAAUCCAAUUGUACGUCAGCAUCAUCAAGGAUAACGAAACGAACAGCGGAAAGGAGCAUUCUGUGAAUUAUAUCGCUGGCAAGUGCAUUUGUGCUAGAUAAAAAGGUAUAUUUUGUGCUUGAAGGCACCAGAUGCAGAACCCAAAAACCCUCGAGGGAGGGAGAAGUGCAAAAAAAAAAGUGAAUCGUGAAAGUGUGUUUCCAUUAUAGAACAUCAUACCAAGUACCUUCCUACUGGAAAAUCGAUUAAAUCGCACCAACGCCCUGGAAAAGGUCACUCCACCACGCCUGGGAGCCAAAGUCGAGUCGAUGUGCCCGCGUGCCACCAUUGCAUUGUCCCCAACUUGGACGUUCGAAUGUCAUCGGCGAUUGGUUUUCUAACAAUUUAGCUUGGGAAUCGAAAUUGCGCGGGCGAAUAGAAAAAAAAGACAGAAGUUCAAGUGUUGGCUUUCCAGGGGAACGAACGAACGAAAGGUCCCAGGUCCAGGCGUUUCCACCUUAGAGCUCUGGCCGGAUGCGGUGAACAGGAAAAAACCGCAGACAGUAAACAGAGAUUAUCAUAAAGUUCCUUUUUCGAUUUGGCAGUCAAGUUGGUUCGUCGGUGGCAAAAAAAAGUUAUCAACAAGAACAAAUUUGUGGGCCCGCCUUUUUUCGCCCAGUCCUGAGACCUGCCUGACUCUAUAUCGAGGUGCGCGAGCGAGUGAAACGCCGAAAAAAGAUUGGCUGUCGGCGAAAGUGACAUUGCGCCAAAGUGAGAUUAUAAGUUGUACCUUCAUCGAGCAGAAAUUUGCAAGAAGACAUACUUUUAUGCAAAUCAAGUCGGGAGUACGAGGACAGAACGCCAAAAAGGACGAUCACAAAAGUAAGGUACCUACCUACGUAAUGUAAGUUGAGUGCAGAAACGAUAACAACAACAACAUUAAAAAAAAGUCCUGUUGCUGGCUGGGAGGAAAAGAAAAACCACAAAUCAGUUAGAGGCAGCAACGAGAAAACGUGAUUUGUGAACGACACAGAGAGACAGAGGUGAAGAGCGAUAACGGAAUAAAGAGAGUGGGGUGCUGGAGGUGCUUUUUCCACAAGAAAAGCUCGGGCCAGCUGAAGUUGUCGUGUUCCAGUGUCGCCGUUUGGGAUUGCCUAUUUUUAGCAGUGUAGGCUGCACGAUCUCUCGUUCUUAGCUUAGGCCUUUUUGUGGUGUGGGCGAAGAAGGAAAAAAUAUUGACGCUCCGGUUAGAAGCAGGCAUUCCGAUUUCUACGAAUGAUUGCGUGCGGUUGUCGAGAAUCGGGCUGAGCUUGCAGGCUGCCAAAUAUCCUCGACGUCGCCGUCGGUUUGAAUCGGAAACUCCGAAAAAGGAAGUAAUCCCCAUGGUUGUCGUUUCGUGAAAGAAUCCGUGUUUCGUCUAUCUGGUGACCGCUAUAGGUCUUUUUUAUUCUUUCUUCAUUUUCCUGCCGGGAUGUGAAAGCAAAUUGGAAGAGAGAGGCCAAACGUGUCGAAUUUAUAUCGCAAGCUCGGUGCUAAGAGUGAUUUUUGGUUCGUCGUUUAUCGUCAGCUAAAUAAAAGUGCUGCUCGCAGCCCGAGAUAUUUAAGUGAAUUAGUGAAUAUUGAAUUUGGCAUCGCUGUGGCAGCGCAGAACCGAAGAGGAAAAACAGAUAGACAUCUUACUGGCUCUUGAGGGAUCCAUCCAGCCAGCCCAAAAACCCAAAAGUUGGCAAAAGAAAAGAAAAACUCAAAAAGCUCCACCAAGUUCGGGUGCCACAAGAGGGCGGAAAUAAGAUUAUGCAUCAUUAAUGAGUCAUGGUACAGCUUCUAUGAAUUGGCCGAAACCGGAAAAGUUCUUCUGCUCAAUACAACUCAUCCACCAUCAUCAAUUCAUUAUGCUGCUCAACGCCAAACCCAUCCAGUGAAAUCUGCACACACCGAGCUCUGUGAGGGCAUCUAAAAUGUUCAAAUCAAUAGAAACCGAACCCUAGAUCUGACAUGAACUGAUUUCUUCCAGUAGGUAUUGCUCUCAAUUAAAUUGACUAGUACACACCAUAGUCAUGCUCCUGGGAUUGAUGGCCAGAAAACUACGGGAGAUAUCCUUGCCGAACAUUCCUGAACCCAAACGGUAUUCUCAUUAAAGCUCAAUAACGCCUCGCCCCGCGCGCGCCAAGAAAAGCAACGAUUUUCCAACGGAUGAACCAAAACCCAAACAGUCAGUCAGCCCCACUUCUAAAAAGCAAACAUAGCCAGUUGCCAAGAAGUGAACCGGCAGGAGUGAGGUGAAGGUUUGGUUCUUCUCUAGAUCAUACCUGGUGCAAACCGCCAUCGGUUACGCCCGUACGAUUCCAAGAGUGCGAAACUCAGAUCCGUCCCGUCGUGGAAUGAGCAACUGGUCGACAAAGGAAAGCACUAGUGUCGGAAAUCAGAAAAGAAAGCAGCGAAAUCAACAGCAUCAGCAGCAGCAACAGCACCAACAGCAACAGCGAUGUCGAGAACAGGAUGAUGAUGAUAAAGCAAAUUGUUGAGCUGGAGCUAAAUCAUCUGAACCGAAGCGUUUACCAGUGAAGAAGAUUCUGGAAGCGUUCGCCGGUUCGAAGAAAAGAGGACGAGGACGAGGACGAGGACAAGCAGGAGAAGGGAGAGCAUUUUCUGCGAGUAGUAUUUAGUUUGUUGAAUUUCCUCGACUUCUGCCUGUGGCGUUUGAUUGUGGCUUUCCGUGCUGGAUAACAUCUGUGCAGACGUUUGCGGGUUGCCAGGAGAAGUUCGGUAGAAGCUCGUUAUCAAACCGAGACAGACUUAGCUACGCUGCAGCACCACACCAAGUGGAACCCUGUGCUUCGUUACAACAAUUUGGCAGCGUUGGCAUCAUAAAAGAUUCGUAAAAACCGGCAUUUUUGUCGGUCUGGCGGGACGGCACCGGUCACGGAUUGGAGGAAGCAGAAAAAAUGUUAUGCCACUACCACCUGCUUCUCGCCGUUUGCUUAAUCUGUCUCGUAGAUAAUUGCCGUAGUUCCACCUCGGAGUAUCUCAUCAUUCGCCAUGGCCGGUCGAGAGUCCGGCACUCGAGCGAGAAGGACCACAUCCGGUGGGGCCUGCAGGUGUUUGACAACUUCACCCUGCUAGAUUACGACACGGUGGAUGAUUCGAAUGAAACGGCAACGCAGACGACCACGUCAACAUCCGGAAACGGAAGUGGGGCAGGUGGCAAGUGGCCCGGCAACCGGGGAAGUUCGGCCAACAGUCCAAUUAAAGAGUUGAGGCUGGCCAGUUGGGGCACCGGAGGAAAGUUUGGUGGAGCGGAUCAAUUUUCGGAUAGCAGCAAUAAUUCCGAUACGCUUACGAUUCAAUUCAACGAAUCUGAAGAAUUGGACCGAAUGAUUGAUAUAAGCGAUUUUGAUGGAAUUUCGGUGGGAAGAGUGGAUACUCAAGGACGCCGACAGAUGCUGGCAAACAAUAUGCGAAACAACAGAUCUCUGGUCUCAUCGCUUUUACCCGGCGAUCCUUCCCCUGCCACCCGAGCAAUGCCCCACCCCAACAAAAAAAUGCUCAAAAAAGAGAUAAUGGAAAAUAUUAAAAAAACAGUCGAUAAAGGUCUUGAAUACUUGAAAUCACAUAAGAAUCUGGACGAGGUGAAGAUCGAGCUGAAAGCUUUCCAUGCAAACGCACACGAGAAAACACGCCACGAUAGCGAAGAACAACCGACGACAUCACAUUCCUGGCAAAGGAAAAACUUCCCCAAUGAAGAAGGAGCUGCUGACACGGCACCGCUGCUAUUGGCAAAAGUUAUUCCAAGUCACGAACGGCGUCUCGAGGAUUCCCAGAAGCGAUGGCCGAUGCCAAAGUAUCAUCAGGAGCAGCAUGGCCAAUCCGAACGCGGUGAAAACUAUAAAGAAUUUGAUCCGUUGUCUUCACAGUUUUCCAACACCAAACCCUCAUUGGCGGUGGCGGAACAAUCAAGAGAUGUUUCGCAUCGGCAUCCGAUUGUCAAGGAUAUUUUAAAAGUUACAUCAUCUGGCAUGGAGCUCGGGGGCUACCAGAAUGAUUCUCCGGACCGGCGGGAUGCCGGCAGAAAACGAGAGUAUGAAUCUGGCGAACCCGCCGAGGGAUCUGCCCCCAGACAGCCCCAGCGUUCUGAACCAAUUAAAAGCCAAACAGACAGCCGUGCUCAGAAAUUUAAUUACGACCCACGAACAAAGCUAACGCUCCAGGGAUCGGCGUCGGCGUUUGUGGUUGGCGAUGGCUCAAAGUCCUCGGCCGAUGGGCAAGUAGUUGACCACCAAAUGCCCGGCUGGCGUCCACCGGAAGUGGAAGUGGUGCCCUACGGAGGUGGCGACGCGGACGAAAACGACGAGGUGAUAAAUAUUCUCAACGAUACACCCACCAUAAGUUUCGAGCCAAACGAAGCGGACGCAUCGUCGACGAUGAUUUUCCAGGGCGGCACUGACCCGGACGACGCCGAUUCGGAUCCACCGGGGGUUUGGGUUUCGGAUGAUGCGGAGAAUUUGGCGGCCGACGAUGAUGGCGAAGAUGUCGUCGUCCCGGAUGGUCUCGAGGUAGACCUUUCGAAAACAGCGACCACUGUUAGUGGUGGCAUUUUUCGCAUGGAAGAUUUCGAUCUGAGCGAACUGGACGAGACCAGCCGAAACAAUCGACGCAAUCUGAUGAAGGGACAGGACGUGGUGACGCAGUUUCUGCAGAUUGUUGAAAGUCAACAUCUGCUCGGAUCGAACUGCACGGCCGGAACUGCCCUGAACCUCGGCGAUGGCGUCGUGGAUCGUUACGCUCAGGACCGAUUCCGGGUCGAGGCCGAAAUUGCCGUUAACAGAGCCAACAUGUUGACACGCAUCUUCAAGUUUUCUGCGCCCGAGGUGCAGAUGUCGGAACAUCUGUUGCAUGCAUCGGUGCUCUCGAUGGUGGAGUUCGAUGACGAUAUCUUCGCGGCCGGAAAUUGCUUCGAUUGGAAUCAGCACCCGGCCAAGAAGGGGUUGUUCUGCCCUUUCGCCUACCGAUUGCCGCCCCCGGAUCAGGGAGCCUCCCUAGCGAAGGAUCUGGCUGCCGAGUACCACUAUCUGGGCAAUACUUCGGAGUGGUUUUUUCUGGCCCGCAAGAAUGCCGAGAAGGUGAUUGCCCGAAACGAGCAGUACAUUAAAUCCUUCCACAUCUAUUCGAACAACACGAUUCGGCAGGCGGACGAAAUCCUGUCGGUCAAGUACGAAGAUGGCCGCUGGUCCAAGCCCUAUUACGAUUGUGGCGGGGGCAAUAUCUGGAUGCUGACGUACACGGUGCCCUUUUUCGGCUACGAGAAUGGAACCUACUUCUUCAAGGGGACGUCUGGCAUCGAUAUCGAUUUGCGGCGUGUGGACAUCGACCAGUGUCCGCAGAAGAACCUACCAUCCGGAACACCGCAGCCGCUGAAUAUCUUCGCCGGCACGGACAAAUGCAAACAGCGCACGACCGAGUGCACUCCGAUUCCCGGGCUGGGUUUCCGGCGAGGAUCCUAUCGGUGUGUCUGCCGCAAGGGAUUCUACUUUCCGGACACGGCCAUUCAGCAGAAAUGGUUCAAUGGCACCACGCUGGAGGAGGAGUACGAAAAAUUGAUGCUGAAAGAACUCAGCACCUACAACGAACCCUCGUCCUACCAGUGCUUGCCGUGCGCCGAAGGUUGUGAUUCCUGUAUCGAUUCCUCGCCCUGCGUUGCCGCCCUCAACUGGACCAUGCGGACCGGAAUUUUGGUGCUGGCUUGCUCCAUCAUUGGGCUACUUCCGCCGGCUGCCGUUUUCACCUUCCGGUAUCAACAAGUGAAGGUGGUGCGCGCAGCAAGUCCGGCCCUUCUUCGCGUAAUUGCCCUCGGUGCAUUCUUCAUUUACUGCACGACCGUGGUGAUGUACCCGCCGCCAUCUUUGUACACGUGUACAGCCCGUGUGUGGCUGCGUGAAAUCGGAUUCUCGCUCACGUAUGGCGCCCUGAUGCUCAAAACAUGGAGGAUAUCAGUCAUUUUCCGUGUCCGUUCGGCGAAAGCGGUGAAAAUCACCGAUGCCUUCCUGCUGAAACGGCUCGGUUUGCUGUGCGGUUUCGUCGGGAUUGCCCUGCUCGUGAGGACUCUGGUGGCCCCGCCCGUUGUCAUCGUCGGAAGGACGGCCGACAACCUGAAGGCAUUUCUGUGCAAAACCGACUGGUGGGAUCACACGUUCACAUCCAUGGAGGUGCUGUUCCUGGCGUGGGGCGUCCGGCUGUGCAUCAUGGUGCGAAAGGCUCCGUCCGAGUUCAACGAAAGCCGAUUUAUUUCGAUGGCAAUCUACAACGAAUUCCUGCUGACUUGCUUCCUCAACGUUUCGAUGCUGUUCCUGCAAUCACCAGCUAAUCCCGAUUUAUUGUACAUAAUAUUUUUCUGCCAUACUCAGCUAACUGUCACGCUGCUGCUGGGGCUGAUUUUUGGCAGCAAGGUGUACCUGGUGCUACGUGGCGGCGGAAAACAUCAGGACGAUUCGACCGGCCUCGGCAUAAAACCAUCUGGGGCAAAAUUCAUUAGCCGUUCCCAUGGCAGAACAUUUGCCAACGCCAGCAGUGUGACGACUUCAACCGCUCAGAUGGGCGCCGGUAAUGUGGUCAACGAAGGCCGGCUAACGGAGGACGAAGCCACCGAGGAAAUCAAGCAACUAUGCGCACAACUGCAGCGCCUCUAUGAACGUAUUCCUCAACGAGGGGUAGCGAUUGUGACGAUCGCCAGUCUUCUGGAAACGUGCAAGAACUCUUCGCUCAAGCCACCUCUGCCACCGGGCGGUACGAAGGCAAUCAUGGCCGCAGCCACCGGAAAUGACACCGUGGGCCAGAAACUACUCGACAAAAGUACUAACACCAACACCCUCCCAAACGGGAACCACGGGGGCGAUGUCUGGGCCCACGGCUCAAAUGCCCGAAUAACGAUAACGGAUGAUUCGGAUCAACAGAACCAUCUACGGUCGAUUGACAAUAGUAACUUCAAUCUGGACAGCCUACAGUUGAAGUGCAUGUGCUCCGAGGAGGAAGUGGAAGAAUCGAGGUGCGACAGCCAUCAUAAGGGCGGUGUGAUACAUUCCUGUAAAAGUAAACCUAUUAGUAGUAGUUGUAAACUUAGUCAUGAAUGCUGUGAUAGUGAAGAGGGAGUUUCCGGGGCGGUGCUAUCGAAAAGAAACUCGGAACUUACGUUGAACAAUAGUAGUUGUUUUAGUGGAAAUAAUCGGAUUCGUUUCACCGAUAAUCCAGCCAAUAGCAGUAUUUGUAAGUUAAGCGAUUUAAGUGCGAAAAAUUUCGAAUCUUGUGAUAAUCUGUUGCAUCAACAGCACAAACAGAAACAAAAACAACACUACAGUGGUGAUAGCCUAGAUAAUCAUUCCAAUCGGAAGCCAAACAGUAGCAGCGGAAGUGGUCUGGUAUCGACGACCUCUUCGCUAAGCAUCGACGAGAAGAACUUUAAGAAUCUCAAUCUAGAAAACUUUAACAAAUUGUAUGCAAGCCACAACAACAAGAUAGAUAGUCUGAAAGAAAAUUUUCUUAUGCGAACUGCUCUGACGACAGCACUGCAUAAUCUUGAAAAUGAAAACAGAGUUCGCAACCAUCGAUCACAGCUGGAAUCACUUCAGCUGCCCCAGUCUUCGAACGCACCACAAAAAACGCCUUCGAACAACGAAGGAUCUUUGGCGAAUGUUUCCUGCAGUUCUUCAAGCUCGUGCACAGCAGGGACUUUGGUGGCCCAAGUCCCUGCAUCCACGACCAGCAACAGCGGAAGUGGCUGCAGUAGCAUUGAAGGAUCCUCGUCGGCAACAACAACGGCCACCACAACUCCCACUACGGCAGCAACGGAUCAGUCCAACAGUCAGCAGCAAACGACGAAGAAAAAGAAAUCGCCCGAAAAACGGCUGGUCAUCGAUCUGAACGACCGAUCCAAAUACACCGAAGAAGUGUCCGUUUGAGAUUACUAGAACCUGUGAGGAGGAUAAGGAACACAAUUUUGUCGAUCCAGAGUCGUGCAUUCCUGCUGCAAACAGCACCACAAUUUGCAACACGCUCGCCCGUUCCAAAGUCCAAAGUUGAUUGUUGCGCGUUAUUUGUUAAUGGAGUGAGACGGCCGCCAAAAAAAAAAAAUAGCGAACCCCGAAGAGCACCAAGAAAAGCAUGAAGAAGAAAACCAAUAAUCAUCGGGUAAACCAAACCGUGCCAACCAAUUGGAACAGACUUGAUGAUGACCGGUCACGACUUGACCAAACCAAUAGAGAAGAAGAAAUGCAGUUGGACGGGAGAGAAGACAGCAACAAAAAAACACGGAGCAAAUUUUCACUGUGAAAUCCUCGAACUGGCGCUUGGAAAAGUGGAAAAGAGUUUUUCCCCGAAAACUGGAGAAAAAACAACUGAUCGAAUCGAACACAUGCAUACAUACACACACCCAUACAGAUGCGAAACAUGAACCAAAAAACAUUCCGAGUGAGCCCUAGGAUGUAGUUCGGACUUUCGUACUCGAAAUUGCUUGAUGAGGUGGAAAAUUUGUACCCCAAACUGUGCGGUGCGGUCAGGAAGAAUAAUGAAAUGAGUUUGAUAAAAAAAAGGAAAGAAAGAAAAAGCAGAAAAGAGUUGAACGGAGGGAAAUGUUCCGUGGAAAUUGUGUUUGUUUUUCGGGCUAUGAUUCGAGAAUUUGACUUUUUGUUUUUCGGUUUCGAUUUCGGGCGGGGAGGUGAAAUAAUGAGAAAUUAUUUUGUCUAUUGACUCGCUUUCUUUUUUUUACGUUUUUAGUUGCUGCGGGUCUUGAACCACAUCAAUGAACCGCGUCGGAUCGUAAAUAUUAGUGCUCGGUGCGGUUUAUGAAAUUUGAAAUUAAUACAACCGGCAACUAAUUAGAAGCUUGAAUAGGGAUUUUGGAAGACUGACAGACUGAACGUAUUAGAAAAUUGGGAAUCAGGAGCGAUCCAUUUCAAAUUAAACCUUCUGAACGAAGGGUUGAUAGAUGAAUUUAACAAAACAAAACUUUACUGAAUUCACAAAUCUCUAUUCCUUGGAUUGAAUAUCAGGAUUUAAUUGAACUUUUAAAUGAACAAAACCAAAAUUUGAUUGACUAGUUCAAUGAGGACACAAAUAAAAUCAAAUAAGUAAACCAGAGUUCACAAUCUUCAGCA